GAUUCUCGUAGAUCUCUCCACUCACUCGGGAUACUCACUCGCCUUCGCCUCUGUCAAAAUGGCGGCCGCAAUCAAAGCCCUCAACGCGAAGAUCCGGUCGAAUAAGUAUCUGGACUACUUCUGCUCAACACAUUUCUGGGGUCCCGCGAGCAAUUUCGGCAUUCCCAUCGCCGCCGUCGCGGACAUGACCAAGGAUCCAGAAAUUAUAUCCGGUCGCAUGACCGCCGCCCUCUCCCUCUACUCCGCCGUCUUCAUGCGCUACGCCCUCGCCGUCACACCAGCAAACUACCUCCUCUUCGGCUGUCACUUUAUCAAUUGCUCGAGCCAGCUCAUCCAAGGCUACAGAUACAUGCAAUAUUGGAAUUGGGGCGGACGGGAUGCGGCGUUGAAGGCGAAGGGAUUGGCUGGGGAGGCCGCAGAGAAGGCGUCGGAGGUUGUGGGCAAAAAAUAGCUUACGGGUUGAAUUGAAGAGGGGAUGAGGGAGGACGGGGUGGGACGGGAUUUUGAUCGGUAGAAGGGAG